AUGCAGAUCUCGCACUCGCACAACGUUGCGGCCCAGGGCAGGUACAUUGCCACCGUCUCCACCACCAUUGAGACCAACAACCCACAACGCGAGUUGCAGGCAGGUCUGGCGCUUCUAGGCCAAAUCGAGGAGACCUUUUUCCAGGUUUCCGAUCUAUACGCGCCCUCGGAUGACGGAGUUGAGAGCCAGUGCUUCGUCACGAAGUCGUACGAUGCCACGUCGCACUUUGAGACCACUUGUCUCGAUGUGUUGGAUGUGUGGAAGCACAUGACCGGAGAGGAUCUCGAUCUUAACAAACAGCUACAACAGAACAUGGAUGUGAACUAG